AUGACCCGCGUCCUCCUGACUGGAGGCUCUGGCUUCAUUGCCGCCCAUGUUCUCGAUAUUUUACUCAAACGGGGUCAUAGUGUUGUUACCACAGUCCGCUCGUAUGAGAAGGGCGAGAAAAUCAAAGCAGCCUACCCUGACAUGUCAAGUGAUCAGUUGGACUUCGCAAUUGUAGAGGACAUCGCCCGAGAGGGCGCGUUUGCGAAAGCUGUCGUCUCCGACCCACCAUUCCAGGCAGUCAUUCACACUGCAAGCCCGUUUCACUUUCAAGUCACGGAUGUCAAGAAGGAUCUUUUGGACCCGGCCAUAAAAGGUACAACAGGUCUUCUACAAUCGAUAGUGAAAAAUGCGCCUUCAGUCAAGCGAGUCGUGAUCACUUCUUCGUUUUCUUCGAUAGUAAAUCCCUACAAGGGUUCAUGGCCAGAGCACACCUACAGCGAGGAGGACUGGAACCCAAUAACAAGGGAGCAAGCAAUUGAGAGUGUACCCAAUGGCUACAGGGCCAGUAAAACGUUUGCUGAGAGAGCUGCUUGGGACUUUGUGGAACAGGAAAAGCCGAACUUCACGAUCGCGACUAUGUGCCCACCGCAAGUCAUUGGGCCGGUUGUGCACCAUUUGAACAGCUUGGAUAAUCUCAAUACUAGCAACCAAAUAAUUCGCGACAUGAUUCAAGGCAAAGCAAAGGACAAAAUCCCUCCCAACGGCACAUUCACCUGGGUUGACGUUCGCGACCUUGCGUUAUGCCACGUUCUCGCUAUUGAGAAGGCUGAAGCUUCGAACAAGAGGUUUUUUGUUGUUGCAGGCUGCUUUAACAAUAGAGAGAUCGCUGAAAUAGUAAGGAAGCAGUAUCCGGAGUACAAAGGAGUCUUGCCAACAGCAGAAACGCCGGGUGGUGACUACCCGGACGGAGGGGUUUAUAAGGUCGACAAUUCCAGAGUACAGGACGCCUUGGGAGUUGAGUGGCGGUCAAUAGAGGAUUGCGUUAGAGAUACUGUCAAAUCCUUGCAAGCAGUGGGCGCGUAG